UGAAGCUAAUGGUGAUGGUCAACAGCGGAAUGAAACUGCGCGGGAACAACGACGCAGUGUUGUUGGUUGUAUGAAUUGUUGGAUUAAUGGAAAAGUAUUUUGAGAAAAUGUAAAACGGGCUUUUGAGCCCACGGGCCUUGAGGUCAUGUGGCGCUCUGGAGAAUAGUCAAGAGAAUGAAUGAGAAUAAUGCUGCCUUUAAACACUCCCAUUUGCGAAUUGCGAGGGUUUCAUACUUGUUUCAACACAACUUGACAAGGGAGGCCGAAGAAGAAGAAGUCUCUCUCUCUCUCACCAGUCAGGCAGUCACUAGUCAGUAUCACUCACUCUUUGCAACAGCCACUCUCUCCUAUGGAGUCUCCUAAGCAUUCCUUGAUUCCCAGCUUCCUCUACUCGUCCUCCUCUUUCUCCCCCAGCUCUCUUCUUCUCGACCAGAUGCUCAACUCCAACUCCGAUCUCCAUAAAUCUCAAACGACGAUGCUCCCUCAGAAGAAUUUCCUUAUCGCGUCUCCCACCGAGCCCGGCAAGGGGAUUGAGAUGUACUCCCCUGCCUUCUACGCCGCCUGUACCUUCGGUGGCAUCCUCAGCUGUGGUCUCACUCACAUGGCCGUUACUCCCCUCGAUCUUGUCAAGUGCAAUAUGCAGAUCGAUCCUGCAAAAUACAAGAGCAUCUCCUCCGGCUUUGGUGUUUUGCUGAAAGAACAAGGAGCCAGAGGCUUCUUCCGUGGAUGGGUCCCUACUUUGCUCGGUUACAGUGCUCAGGGUGCCUGCAAGUUUGGUUUCUACGAGUUUUUCAAGAAGUACUACUCUGAUCUUGCUGGUCCUGACUAUACUGCCAAGUACAAAACCCUUAUCUACCUUGCUGGUUCUGCUUCCGCUGAGAUUAUUGCCGAUGUUGCCCUUUGCCCAUUUGAGGCUGUCAAGGUCCGUGUUCAGACACAGCCUGGAUUUGCCAGGGGAAUGUCUGAUGGAUUUCCCAAGUUUAUCAAGUCUGAAGGUGUUGCAGGUUUGUACAAGGGAAUUGGUCCACUCUGGGGACGUCAGAUUCCUUAUACAAUGAUGAAGUUUGCUUCUUUUGAGACCAUUGUGGAGAUGAUCUACAAAUAUGCAAUUCCGAGACCAAAGGACCAGUGCAGCAAAAGACUACAACUUGGGGUGAGUUUCGCAGGAGGUUAUGUUGCUGGCGUGUUCUGUGCUAUUGUCUCUCAUCCUGCUGACAAUCUAGUGUCCUUCCUCAACAACGCCAGAGGAGCAACCGUUGGAGAUGCGGUGAGGAAGAUAGGGCUGUUGGGUCUAUUCACAAGAGGGCUGCCUCUAAGGAUUGUGAUGAUAGGGACAUUGACGGGAGCGCAGUGGGGCAUCUACGAUGCUUUCAAAGUCUUUGUUGGCCUUCCAACCACUGGUGGUGUUGCUCCAGCGGCUGCCAUCACGCCUGCUCAAGCAAAGGCCUAAAGGCCCUUAACUGUGACGAAGAACGAAGGGUCUCUUACGUUAGCAUUUUUUCCUUAUAACAAAAAUAAGAUAACCGGACAAUGAUGAAAAAAUUUGAGUAACUCAGCCUGAUUCCAACUUGAUCAGUGCAAAAAUUUUGCGUUCCCAAAAUCAAGAGUAAUAUUCUGCGAGCCUUACAUGUU